UAAAUUCCCUGAUCCUGAUGAGCAUGUCUUACCGUCUAGGGUUUCAGCUCCAAAAACCCAUUUCCUCCACUUGGCUGAACUCUUGUUAGACACUUUCUCCUAAUUACUAUCUACUGCUAUUUCUAUUUCUCUCGGCCUCACCUCUUGAUAAUUUACAAGCUGCAAACUUCAAGCUUCAACUUGUCAAUAAUGGUUCUGUAAGUAGUCUUUUCACUCUGUUAUCGCUACUGAAAUUCUCGUAUAGAAUCCCUCAAAGAUUGCUUUUUCAAUUUGAUUCUGAUUGAAUAUAUAUAAUCGUGUUUGAGAGUUAAUUUUAUGGGGAAAUCGGGAGGUAGAAAAAAGAAGGGCAGUGGUGGUUUAAACCAAGUAUCUGAUGGUGGUAAAAUUUCAAAUUCAACAACCGUCCCAAAUGCAAAUGGUGCUGUCGAUUUCGACUCGUCAAUAUUCUUGAAAAGAGCCCAUGAACUCAAAGAAGAAGGGAACAAAAGGUUCCAAAAUAAGGAUUAUGUGGGUGCCCUUGAGCAGUAUGAUAGUGCUCUCCGCUUAACUCCCAAAACCCACCCUGAUCGUGCUGUGUUCCAUAGCAAUAGGGCUGCUUGCCUAAUGCAAAUGAAACCUAUUGACUACGACACUGUUAUCGCCGAGUGUACUAUGGCCCUUCAAGUGCAGCCUCGGUUUGUUAGGGCUCUCCUUAGGAGGGCUCGUGCAUUUGAGGCGAUAGGUAAAUAUGACAUGGCGAUGCAGGAUGUUCAGGUUUUGUUAGGGGCUGAACCCAACCACCGUGAUGCUUUAGAGAUUGCCCGGAGAUUGCGGACUGCAUUGGGCCCUCGACAGGAAGCUCAGCAGGACCUCCAAAGUCGCCCUUCUCCUGCUGCACUAGGGGCAUCUGCAGUUCGUGGUGCGCCAAUUGCUGGUCUUGGGCCUUGUUUACCAACUCGACCGGUGUCCAAAAAGGCAGCGAAUUCCCUUGGUGGAUUGACUGUAUCUGCUGGUAAUAAGAUUGAAAAGCCUCCAGUGAAUCUAGUCAGUGACAAUGGUCCCGACACCAAAGCUCAGUUACCAAAACUUGUGUUGAAGCCUUCGAGUGGUUCUCCUAAACCUGGGGCCAAUCUAGCCAAGGAUAGCCAUGGAGAACAGUCUUUAUCUUCAUCUAUGCAAUUGCCAGUUCAUGGCCAUGCAUUGGAGGUCGCAGUUCGGUGGAGGCCAUUGAAACUUGUGUAUGAUCAUGAUAUAAGGCUUGCACAGAUGCCCGUGAAUUGUACUUUUAAAGUGCUGAGGGAGAUUGUGAGCAAACGUUUUCCAUCAUCAAAGUCAGUUUUGAUCAAAUACAAAGACAACGAUGGUGAUUUGGUGACUAUAACAUGUACAGCUGAACUCAGAUUGGCAGAGUCCUCUGCAGAUAGCCUCUUGCCUAAGGAGCCUGACACAGAUAAAACUGAUGCAGCUGGAAUGUUAAGGUUGCAUAUUGUUGAGGUUAGUCCAGAGCAAGAGCCCCCUCUGUUGGAAGAAGAGGAGGACAAACCUCUUGAGACUCAAGAGACCAAGGGGGAUGAAAGUGGUUCUCACUCCUCACUUGGUGAAUCUGUGCUUGAAGCAGACGAUGCAGAAAUUGAUAAGGAAGAGAAAGAAGUUACUAAGGACAAAACAAGAGUUUCAGAAGAUCUAGAAGGCAGAGAAAUUGAGAUGGAUGAUUGGCUGUUUGAGUUUGCACAGCUUUUUAGGACACAUGUUGGUAUUGACCCAGAUGCUCAUGUUGACUUGCAUGAACUUGGGAUGGAGCUGUGUUCUGAGGCUCUUGAGGAGACAGUGACAAGUGAAGAAGCUCAAAACCUCUUUGACAAGGCUGCCUUAAAAUUCCAGGAGGUGGCUGCUCUGGCUUUCUUCAAUUGGGGAAAUGUUCACAUGUGUGCAGCAAGGAAACGGAUUCCCUUAGAUGAGUCUGCUGGAAAGGAAGUAGUUGCAGCACAACUUCAAGUGGCUUAUGAUUGGGUCAAAGAGAAAUAUUCCUUGGCAAAAGAGAAAUAUGAGGAAGCACUCUUGAUCAAGUCAGACUUCUAUGAGGGGUUGCUUGCACUGGGGCAGCAGCAAUUUGAAAUGGCAAAACUUCAUUGGUCAUUUGCACUUGCUAAGAAAAUAGAUCUUUCCAGCUGGGAUUCUACAGAAACUCUUAAACUUUUUGACAGUGCUGAGGAGAAGAUGAAAGCAGCAACUCAGAUGUGGGAGAAGCUUGAGGAGCAGAGAGCAAAUGAGCUAAAAGAUCCAAGUGCAAGCAAGAAGGAAGAAUUGUUGAGAAGGAGGAAGAAACAAGGAAGUGUUGAAGGUGAGUCCUCUAGCAGUGGUGGUCAGGGUGAGAUUUCACCAGAAGAAGCGGCUGAACAAGCUGCGGUGAUGAGAUCACAGAUACAUCUCUUCUGGGGUAAUAUGCUUUUCGAGCGAUCGCAAGUUGAAUGCAAGUUGGGGAUGGAUGGCUGGAAGAAAAACCUCGAUACUGCAGUUGAACGCUUUAGGCUUGCUGGGGCUUCUGAGGCUGACAUUUCAAUGGUUUUGAAAAAUCAUUGUUCAAAUGGAGAUGCAAAGGAAGCAGAUGAGAAAAAGAUUCAGAAUGCUAACACUGACACUGUUGGGGAAGCAGAGAAGAGCGAGGAAACUGAUAAAGUAUGAGGGGACUAAAAAGUGCUCAAAUUUUCUCCAUAUGCCAUGGCAGCAUUGAAUUACAUCCAUGUAUUCUCCUUAAUAAUGGAUCUGAAAUAGAACAAGAAGUGUUUCUUCUCAGCUGAAAAGUUGGAAAUUUUUGUUUUUGGGAAUUGAGAAUUUUGGUUCCAACAUGGAACAAUCAACAUUGGUGUCCUCGAGAGAUAUUGUUUUCUAGGGCGUCCAUGUUUGCUUCGAGGUGAUGUUUUUUGUUCACAUACUAGCGAGUUUCUCUGAUUUUUGACGUUAGUACUUCAUCUUACUGUGGUCUAUAUCUGCAAUUCUUGAUUUUUAUGGAACAUAACUUAUUUCAUUGUUUGAAAUUAUCCAUUUUUUCAUUCUAAA